UGUUUUUCUCGUUUUCCUGUAACAUUUUUAUCACACUUCACUCAUCCCCUUCUCCAACUCGUCGCACUACUAUCUCAAUAAUCAACGGUCAAUCAAACAAAUUAUCAGAUGAAAUAAAUUUUCGACGGGUUUGAAACUUUACUAUUCCUUAUUCUCUCUGUGUCUUUCUAAAUAAACAUUUUUGGUGGUGUUACAUCGAAAUUAUCGCGAUUUAUACAUCGAAUCCGUAUAAAAUUGCGCAUUUGUUGUUGUAAUUAGCAAGUAUAAGUAGCGGGAAGGGGGCAAAGUACGACCGAAAGUCGUCGUUUUACUUUAUAAAAAGUACAGUGCGGAACGGUGAUUGUGUAUUUUUCAUUCAAGUUUCGGGGGCUACGUGACGGCCUCAACAAUAAUAAUGGCCGGAACAAAUCCUUAUGCCAAUUUGUGUAAAUCCCUCUCACUGGACAACAAACAAUAUAAAUACUACAAUAUAACUGCUUUAGGAGACAAAUUUAAUCGGCUACCGUAUUCGAUUAGAGUCUUAUUAGAAUCCGCUGUUCGAAACUGCGAUAAUUUUCAAGUCACAGAAGGUGAUGUUAAUAAUAUUUUAAAUUGGGAAGAGAAUCAAGCAAAAGAAGAUGGAAUUGAAGUGGCUUUUAAGCCUGCUAGGGUCAUAUUGCAGGAUUUUACUGGAGUACCAGCAGUAGUUGAUUUUGCUGCUAUGCGCGAUGCCGUUCGUAGUUUGGGAGGAGAUCCACAAAAAAUUAACCCGAUAUGUCCCGCUGAUUUAGUCAUCGAUCAUUCCGUUCAAGUAGACUUUAUACGAUCCCCGGAUGCUUUACAAAAAAAUCAAGACCUUGAAUUUGAGCGAAACAAAGAACGUUUCAUGUUUUUAAAGUGGGGGGCUAAAGCAUUUGAUAACAUGUUAAUUGUACCACCUGGAAGCGGAAUUGUUCACCAAGUUAACCUUGAAUAUCUUGCAAGAGUAGUGUUUAAUGGUCAAGAAGAUGCGGUGCUUUACCCAGAUACAGUUGUUGGAACAGAUUCCCAUACAACUAUGAUUAACGGAUUAGGUGUUUUGGGUUGGGGUGUUGGUGGAAUCGAAGCUGAGGCUGUCAUGUUAGGACAAGCAAUUAGUAUGUUAUUACCUCAAGUUGUUGGUUAUAGACUUCAUGGCUCCUUAACUCCCUAUGUUACAUCAACAGAUCUGGUCCUUACAAUUACAAAGCAUUUACGACAACUUGGCGUUGUGGGUAAAUUCGUUGAAUUUUAUGGGCCAGGUGUAAAAGCCCUUUCCAUAGCCGAUAGAGCAACAAUAGCAAAUAUGUGUCCUGAAUAUGGUGCCACCGUUGGUUUCUUCCCAGUAGAUGAUACCUCUUUAUCUUAUUUGAGACAAACCAAUCGACCUGAAUCUCAAGUAAAAUUGAUUGAAGCUUAUUUAAAAGCAACGGGACAACUUCGAGAUUACGAGUCGGGUGAUGAUCCAAUUUUCAGUCAAACUGUCGGGCUUGAUCUUGCCACUGUUGUGUCAUCCGUGAGUGGGCCCAAACGACCGAAUGAUCGCGUUUCCGUUACGGAAAUGAAACAAGAUUUUGCUAAUUGUCUUACAAAUAAGGUUGGUUUCAAAGGUUUCGGCAUUCCAACAGAAAAGCUCACAACAAAAUCCAAAUUUAUGUUUAAUGGAACCCAAUACGAAAUAACUCAUGGAAGCGUAAUAAUAGCAGCAAUAACAUCUUGCACAAACACCAGUAACCCAAGUGUAAUGUUAGGAGCUGGUCUUUUAGCUAAAAACGCGGUUGCCGCCGGUUUAGAUGUUGCCCCUUACAUCAAAACGAGUUUAUCUCCCGGUUCGGGUGUUGUAACUUAUUAUCUUCGAGAAUCCGGCGUGAUCCCGGCUUUAGAAAAACUCGGUUUUGAUAUUGUUGGAUAUGGAUGUAUGACUUGUAUAGGAAAUUCGGGAAGUUUAGACGAAAACAUCGUCAAUGCGAUUGAGAAGAAUGAUUUGGUUUGUUGCGGUGUUCUCUCUGGAAAUAGGAAUUUCGAAGGGCGUAUUCACCCGAAUACUAGAGCUAAUUACUUAGCAAGUCCUUUAUUGGUUAUAGCUUAUGCUAUAGCGGGAACUGUUGAUAUUGAUUUCGAAGUUGAACCAUUAGGAAAGAAAAGCGAUGGAUCUCCGAUUUUCUUAAGAGAUAUUUGGCCAACCCGAGCUCAAAUUCAAGAAAUCGAAAGAAAAUAUGUCAUUCCAACUAUGUUUGAAGAAGUUUACGGAAAAAUCGAAGUCGGUUCACAGAGUUGGCAAGCUUUGGAUGCUCCAUCAGGGAAUUUAUAUCCUUGGGAUGACGUUUCGACUUAUAUUAAGAGACCUCCAUUUUUCGAUGGGAUGAGUAAAGAUUUACCUGUGAAGAAACCAAUUAAAAAUGCUCGCGUUUUGUUGUUUUUGGGCGAUUCAGUAACUACGGAUCAUAUUAGCCCUGCAGGAUCUAUUGGAAGAACUAGUCCAGCUGCUAGAUAUUUAGCCCAAAGGAACUUAACACCUAGAGAGUUUAAUUCUUAUGGUUCUAGAAGAGGAAAUGAUGCUGUUAUGGCUCGAGGAACGUUUGCUAAUAUCCGAUUGGUGAAUAAAUUUUUAACUAAACCAGGCCCAAGAACAAUUUAUCUUCCAACAUAUGAAGAGAUGGAUGUUUUUGAUUGCGCUGAUAGAUACGCACAAGAUAAUACCCCAUUAAUUUUAAUUUGCGGAAAAGAUUACGGAUCUGGUUCUAGUCGAGAUUGGGCUGCAAAAGGACCAUAUUUAUUGGGAAUUAGAGCUGUUAUUGCGGAAUCUUUCGAACGAAUCCAUCGUUCAAACUUGGUUGGGAUGGGAAUCAUCCCCCUUCAAUUCCUUGAUGGUCAAAACGCCGAAUCAUUGGGAUUAGAUGGAAAAGAAAAUUACACAAUAAAUCUUCCAGAUAAAUUAACUCCUGGUCAGCAUCUUCAAGUAACCGCCGAUGAUAAAAAUUUUAAUGUUAUAUUACGAUUCGAUACGGAGGUUGAUCUUUUGUAUUAUAAACAUGGAGGUAUUUUAAAUUAUAUGAUCAGAAAGAUUUUAGGGUAAAUUCGAUGUUAAAAGCAUUUCUUUUAUGGGAUUUGGAAGGUUAUUGAAAUGUUAUUAAUAUUUUUUUUAAGGUUGUUUGGUUAAGUGUAAAAAUUGUUAAUAGAAUCUUGGUUAUUGGUGAUUAUAAAUUUAGGAUUACUUUUAUAAUCAUCUCAAAGCAAUAUGUACCAUUUUUUUUUUAUUAUUAUACUAAAUGUAUUUGAAUGCAGAAGGGAAAAGCAAAAUAAUAACACAUUUACAUAUA